UAUCCUAGCUGAGGCUCCAUCAGCACUAUGACUUAACUCGUUAACAAUUUCUUCUUCUCAGCCCCUUUUUACUCUAACGUUCGAGACAAUGGAUGAAUUGUCUAUCAGUGAUAGUCCUGCUGGGAUGCGCUGGGUGUGGCGCAGUCAUAAGAAGUCGAGGUGGGCCCAGAUGUGUAUCGAUGGGGUUAUUUUUCUUUCUAUCCCGCAAGAUUUGCUCUUUCAAUAUUUUUCCUUCGACAAGAAGAAAGAAAAAAGAAAAGGGUUUCUGCUUUAAGCUUAUUGAAAUUGACACGGACUAUGUAUUCUUUCUACACCUGAUCUUGUUAUCAGAUCUUUCUCCUGUUUCUAAAAGAAGGGUUUCUUUUUAAUUUCUAAACCUAAUAAUAAAAAACAAUAUAUUGUUUUAUAAAGCUUUAUA